GCGGAAGUGAAAUGCGGUACUGUUUUUGAAAACAAUGUGCAUGAACCAGAAAGGAGCAGCUCUGGGCUUUUAAACAUUCACACCAUCGAGUGCCCUGACGUGCCAGGACGCUGAAAUAAAACCAUAAAAUCCCAGAUCAAGCCCAGUUGCGUGUGAAAAGACACUUAAAACCAGUUUCUGCCUGCUUCGUCCGAUCUGGGGCUAAUGAAAUAUAUUGGGAAAUAUGGGGCCACCCAAACAGAGAGAGACCUGCUUAUAAUAACUUAUUUCACAAACCGGUCCUGUGUGCUUUCAUAGACACUCAUGCCAUGAUGUUUGAAGCCCUCAUGUACCCCACACCUCUCUGCUCUCACGCGGGCCGCGGGUCGUUCUCUGAUGUGUACGAACCGGCCGAAGAUUCAUUUCUUCUCAUUGAUGCUUUGGAGAAGGAUGCUGACAGACUGAAGGGAAACAAACCUUCGGUGUGUCUGGAGGUGGGCAGCGGCUCUGGUGUUGUGUCGGCCUUCCUGGCAUCAGUCGUUGGGUCUGAUGCUGUUUAUCUGUGCACAGAUAUAAAUCUCACAGCUGCUCAUUGUACGCUCGAGACAUCUCAGCGGAACGGCUUUGAGCUGCAGCCCAUCGUCACUGACCUGGUUGAGUGUCUUUUGCCCAGAUUGAAUGGAAAAGUGGACGUACUGGUGUUUAAUCCUCCGUAUGUCGUCACACCUUCAGAGGAGGUUGGCAGCCGUGGAAUCGAAGCAUCCUGGGCCGGAGGGAUACGGGGUCGAGAGGUGAUGGACAGGUUUUUUCCCAUGAUUCCACAGCUGUUAUCCGAUCACGGACUGUUUUAUCUGGUGACUGUGUCUGAUAAUAACCCAGAGGAGAUUGUGGCUCUUUUGGGAGAAAUCGGACUGAAAGGAGAAACGUGUUUGUCCCGUCAGGCUGGAAGAGAGAGACUUUCUGUACUGCGCUUCAGUAGUAGUGAAGAUACGUCAUAAGAGGACGGUUCAUUAACGCAAGACUUUAAGACACACAUGUCUGUGAAAAUAUAUUCAUUAGUUUAUAGUUUUUCAUCGGAUUGAAUCCUGUGAAAAGGUGCACUGUAAAAACUCAUCUCCUCUAAUAAAAGAUUUUUAAGAAUUAUAAUAAAAAUCAGACUCUUUGACACAAGACAGCAGUUGUAAGAUGCAGUCGUUUGCUUGUAUAGAUUAGUUAGACAUGCUUUAAACACAGAUUUGUGCAUUAGUAUCUUAACGGAUACAACUUUUGAAUUCUAGACGAUUAGGAUUGAUAAAUGCUAGUUCAUUGUUAGUUCAUGUUAGCUAAUGUAAAAGUAAGAUAUGUCCAAGAAAAGACGUCUCUGAAAUGUUAAACUAAGAAACUACAAAAAUAUCAUCCCAGGCAUUUUCCCUUCAAUCUCUAAACCAGCCGAUAAUGAUAAACACUAUUUAUUAAUGUAAUAAGAUUCAAUCAUUUCAAUAUUGUUUCAGACAAUUUAAUUUGUUGCAACACAUCAAGAAAAAACUACAUUUUUAACACACUGAACUGAAGACUUGUAGCUGAGAUCCCUUGUCUUAAAAGUGUCGAGUAAGAUUUGAGACGUGUCAACUAUGCAAGACAUUUUCAGACGAGGCAAUUAGAAGAUAGUCACUCAUGACACAGCAGUGCACUUUUAAUGUUUAAGCAAACAUUUAUGAUCUUUUACAUGCAGAGAUCCAAAUCGGUCUUGUACUUCAGCACAAACAUUUAACGUUAUAAUGCUACUAUAAUGCUUUCUAUUUGAACCGUGUUUAAGUAACACCUGCAUGAGAAGAAAAACUUUCCGUUCGCAGUUUUUUUAUGGAAAGUCACAUCAGGAAUGUCUGAAUCAAACUAGUACAAAGACUAGAGAUUAAGUAUUAAAUGUACGUUUAUCACGUGACAGUGGCUUAUAAAGCUGCAGCUAAAAUAAAGGAAUGUAAACAGAA